AGACCCACACCACAUUAACAUCGCUCAUAACUUUGAUGAACAACAAUGGAAUGGAAUAAAGAAGAUAUGGGAGAGGCUCAUGAAUCACUAUUGCCUUGAGGACAACCCGGACUCUUGGGAUUACGUAAUGAGUAGAGCGAGCAAGAUGCUUCGGGGGUGGAGGAGUAGACUUAAGAGUCAAUACUUUACAGAUAUAACCAUUGAUUGGAAGCGGAUUCAUCAGCUUGAUAAGAGGGUUCCUCCUUAUAAUUGGAUGACUCUCAUUAUCGAGUGGGAGGGCGAGAAGAAGGAUAAAUGUUCGAUAGCAUCGGCUAAUCGCGGUGCAAAGCUAUAUGAUCACUUUCUAGGAGCUACUCCCUACGCUCGGAUCGAGCAUAAAUAUUUGCGUGAAAAUCCGGACGCCUUGACUAUGCCGCCAACUCUUCUUGCUAGAAGUGCAUAUACACCACCCGAGGGCUAUGAUAAGGAGGGAAAGAUGACGAAAAUUAAGGAUAUGCAUGGUUUUUUCUGGGGUUUCACAAACAUCAACGACGGCUUGUAA